AUGGUAAAUAAAUUGUACAUUGUGGUUCUGAUUAAUUUUUCGGAAAAUCCUAUUCUUAUCGGAACCUAUCUUGUCAUUGAUAAAGUCUGUUCGCGAAGCCAAGUAGCUUUAGCAGUAUUUUUCUCAUCGUAUUUUUCUCUAGAUGGUCACAGUCGUAAGGAUGAUGACGGCCAGAAUCGAAGUCGUCACCAUGGAAGCGGCUCUUCUAGAAGCUUUAGUCGCAGCACUGAGGCGGAAGAGAGUGCGCGCAAGCGUCGUGAACGUGAUUGGGAGGCCGAGACUCCAAUGUCAUCUAGUAUAGACCGCGGUAAUACUUCUGCAUCUCGCUAUAUAGAGACCCCACGCCAUCUGUUACCUAACGACACACCCUCUACCUCGCGCAGUUCUCGACCGAAAACGCCCUGGGAAAGAGAAGGUACCAAAAGGUUCCGAUAUGACUACACCCCACUGGCCACUCCCUCCUAUAUGCAGAACCCCUGGAUGAAGAAUGAGGAUAAUCGGCAUGAUAGACGAACUGUGGCGCCGACGCCGGCAGCUAGUGAAUCACGUACACCCUUCAUCCCUGUGGAUGAGAAAGAGUUGGAGGCCGAAGCGGAGAAACUAGACAGGAAUUGGUACCUCAUGGAUGAUGGUUAUGAUAUGGACAAUAAUCCCUUCAUUGGUGAGUUAUAUUCUUUUAAAUAA